AUGCCUGUCGACAGUCCGUCCAAUGAGGUUUCGUGGAAUUUGGUACUCGAUAACAUAGACGACUGGGGUGUCAUUAAAGACUUCUGGCCAACAACUGGCCCCGGAUCCGUGCUCAUCACCAGCCGUGAUCCACUGGCAAGAUGGCACAUUUACACUGACCAGCGAGGUUUAGAUCUCGAUCCAUUCUCUGCAUCAGAAUCUGUCAAAUUACUCAAGACCUACUCCCAAGCUUCCUUCAGGAGCUUGUAG